AUGCGGCGCGGUCUCUUGAUCUUCCUCUUGGUCAACCUCCUCAUUCUCUCUCUACUGGUUCGAAGUGUCUCGACGCUGCUAUCGCUGCUCGUGGAAGAUGCCGCCGCCGAUGCGAUUCACCGCGCGGAGUUGCCCUCGCCCAACUCCAGUCUGAUCGAACAGCGACCCCAGAUCAUUCCUAAGAUCAUCCACCAGACCUACAAGAACGAGACUAUUCCUGAGGUCUGGGUCGAGGCUCAGCAGAGCUGCAUUGACUUGCACCCAGACUAUGAAUAUAUUCUAUGGACGGAUGAAAAGUCGCGCGACUUCAUCGCUGCUGAAUAUCCUUGGUUCCUCGAUACCUUUGACGGCUAUAAAUAUCCUAUCCAACGCGCAGACUCGAUCCGGUAUUUCAUCCUAGCCCACUAUGGCGGAACCUAUAUCGAUUUAGACGACGGCUGCAACCGUCGCCUGGAUCCUCUCCUCGCUUACCCCGCAUGGGUGCGCCGCACUGUUCCCACGGGUAUCUCGAACGAUGCAAUGGGUUCGGUGCCCCAGCACCCCUUUUUCCUACGCGUGAUUGAAUUGCUCCAGCAGUAUGACCGUCACUGGCUCCUGCCCUACAUUACCGUUAUGUACUCGACCGGUCCACUCUUUCUAUCGGUUAUCUGGAAGGAGUAUAUGCAAGACCACCCGUCGGAGAUGAGCCGCGUGCGUAUCCUUAUGCUAGACGAGUAUAACAAGUACUCCUGGAGUUUCUUCACCCACCACACUGGAAACAGCUGGCACGGCAAGGACGCGCACUUUAUUUUCUGGAUGGGUCAACACUGGAUGUUCCUCACUUUCUGCGGCUUCCUCCUCGCCGCCGUCGUUGGCUUCUGCCUCUUCUGGACCUACGGUCGCAUCGUACUCCUAGGAGCCCAGUACCGCUACCGAUACUCAAAGGUCCCUUCCAUCAUCAGCCCGUCCCGCUUGUCAUCCUCGCCUUCGCGGCGCGCACGGCGCAUGAUGCCCACGCUGCUGCGGAGGGUCAGCUUCAAAGAAGACGAGGAAUGUGGCGGACCCACCGAGACCUCGUACGAAAUCGGUCGCCGCGAUGAUUGA